CAUCCUAGGCCCAAUCCAAGGGACAUCCCAAAGCCCUAGCCUGCUAGCCAGCAUUCACCACGCCUCCCCUCCUGCCGCCACCGCCGGCGCUUUGCCAUCGACUCCCGAUGUCCUUCGCCGGCAGCGCCGACGGCUCGGCGGAGGACUAUUCCGCGGAGGCCACCUUGGUGCGCUUCGACCCGCCGCUCCCUCUCCUCCGCGCGCCAGUCCGCUCCCCGGCACCGAGCGGCGAGGGCCCCGUCCUCGCCUUCCGCGACGCCGCCAGCUGGCGAGCCGCCUGGGAGGCCGCCGAGGCCAACCUCGUCUCCCAGUGCGAGGCUGGUGCGCGAUCAGGGUGCUCAAUCAGUGCAUCACGCAAAUGCAAGCCUCCCUGGUGGAAAGGCUUAUUUGUAGCUGCCCCGACUGACUAUGAAGAAAGAGAGAGAUGUGAAGAGCGAGAGAUGGCUGCUUGUCUCGAGGCAGCAAAGGAGGCUUGCAUUAAGUUUGCAAAAGCAAAGUGCAUUGGACCAUUCCGAGAUGCAAGGAUCGCCUCUGAGGGCCUCGUGGAAAAUACAGAUUUCCAUGUCUGGGGUGCUGCCGCAGACAAAAGUUCCUCAACAUCAGCGUGUGCUCUGAACAACCAGCAGUCGUUUAGCCCUGAUCCUGGUGCGACGAACUACCGAGGAAGCGAUGUGCUUGAUAGCCUGUCGUCGAAAGAAAACAACAGCUCUGGGUGAUGACUGUCAAAGGCGUUAGUGUGGUCGAGACACCACGAUGUAAUUUGGAACCAGAUUGAUCAAAUAAUGACAUACAUAUGAGGUUUGAUUAUGGUGGUUUCUGCCAUGCUUUGCUGUUCUGUUACUGAAGCUGGUCCAGUUACUACGGUAAGGUGAAAGAAGUAAUUCCUGGGAAAUGAAUGCAGAAGAUUAAUAAAGAGAAGAAAAAGACUACUAGAGGCCUUGGUGGCCGAGAGCAAGAUGGGUGGACAUGGAGUACUGGAAAAAGCAAGACAAGCUGGUUACUAUUGCUUUUCGGAUCGUUUUCAGAUCAUUGGACGAAUCUGGGCAAGACUACAUGCGUAAUGUUGCUCAAUACACAGGUGCGUAACGUUAGGUGUUGAAGGAUUGAUUUUAUGUGCAGAGUUUCAGUUUGAUAGAACACGUUGCAGUAUUCCUUUCAGUAUAUAUGAAGUGAAGCUGAAAGCCGCAAUUCAUUGCCGUCCAGAAGUCUGUACGUACACUGUAAAUAGUUAUUGUUUUCAUCGCAAUGGAGCGUGCAACGGAGUGUGACUGCGUGAGUAAUGCAGUUGAACCGUUUUAGCUAUAGCAGAGCAGCCAAGUAUAUCUGUACGUACUGUACAUUGUGAUGUUUUGGAGCAAGCUUUGCGUUGCGUACAAUUGCUGACAUGACAUUUAGAGCCGA